AUUCGAUACUCACGCGUCGGCGAUCCACCGGGGCGCGCAAAUCUCGCGAGAAUCCCCCGGCCGGGAUCUUCGGCGCAGCCGCGCGGAUCCUCGCGGCGCCGCGGGUACACCGAGCUGCUGGUUUAACUCGCGUCUCGUCGCGCGUGUAGAAAUACCCCGAGUUUUCCACGAGUCACGCGCGGCGUGAGAAAUGUUUGGCGCGAGAUCGCCCCGUUGAACGAGCGAGACGCGUCAGGCCUCGCGUAUCUCCCGAGUCCUUCCCGCCAUUUCGCGCGACGCCAUCUCGCCAGGAUUCGGCCCGUAUUUCCGCCGGGAGUGCCGUGUCGUGCGUUACUUCGGUAAUCAGCUACCCUUUCGCGAGCGUCGCGAAAUGGAGGAGUCUGAGAGGAGGCGUCGGGCAACGGCGGAGCAACUCUGUGGUGGGCACGAUUGUUUGUGCAGCCGUCGUCCGUUUAUACCAAUAUCCUUUUUAUUAAACCUCGGGGCUGAGUGUUUUAAGUAUGAAAAUGUUCUGCUAUGCGGUCCGCAACUAUUAUCUUGCCGUUAUUUUGUGCACGAAAGCUAAUAAAAAAAGAAACAUAUUUUCCAGUGCAAAAACUAUAUGUGUCGGUAAAACAGAUCGAUUACAUACGCUCUCUCGGUUGUCAUGGCGACGGGUGCCUCGCCCCGUCCCGUCCAGGUGGCGCGGCGGUCGCGCGGCGAGCAUCGCGAGCGCAUACCGCGCGGCGGCGAUCAGUAGCGGCAUUGACGUUCGGGGUAGUGGUUGGCGCGCGUCGUACCCCGUGUACCCCCCCUGUCGCGUUCACGCAGCACGAGCGGAUCGGAGCGCGCGUCGCGCGCGGGUACUGCGCACGGGAGGCCGCCGUUGCCGCCUCCGCCUCUUCGGCCGCGGACGCCGCGCAUCGCCGAGGCCCCGCGUUGCGUUGCGGACCGCGCCGCGUGUGCCCGUGCCCGAAAAAUGUAAUAUGGCGAUGGUUGCGUCGAACAUGAGCGGCCACAUACAGAAGCAGCUCACCAGGAGCCUCGAGCGGAUCCUGGAGGAGGCGCACCUGAGCGGCGAGCUCAAGCUGAGCGGCCGUAAGCUCAAAGACUUCCCGAAGGUCGGCAAGGCCGGCGCCGCGGCAAAGUACAAUCUGCAGGACACCGUCGUCGCCGACCUUUCAAAGAAUCGUUUCAGUGAGUUACCGGAGGAAGUCACGGAGUUUCCAUUCCUCGAAAAGCUGCAUCUCUAUCAUAAUGCCAUAAGAAUAAUCCCGGAAACCGUCGUAAUGCUCCAAUCCCUGAACUACCUCGAUCUUAGUCGAAACCAAUUGACGUCGCUACCUCGAGAGAUAUGCAGGCUACCCCUACAGACCUUGCUAGUCGCACACAACAGAUUAGCAUCUCUGCCGGACGAGCUGGGCAGGAUGACAGCAUUGGCAGAACUGGACGCAGGUUGCAACGAAAUCACGAGUCUUCCACCUCGAAUGGGCGACCUUGCGCGACUCCGGUCUCUAGACUUGAGGAGCAACUUGCUGGUGCACCUGCCUAUAGAACUGACGUACCUGAGGCUCGUGAAGCUGGAUAUUAGCGGCAAUCGAAUAUCUGUGCUUCCAAACGAGAUGAGGAAGAUGAAGAGCUUGGUGGAUUUCAGACUGUCCGACAAUCCGCUGACCUCGCCGCCUGCCUCGCUAUGCAUUCGCGGGCGAACGCACAUUUUCAAGUACUUGGAGAGGCAGGCAGCGAAACACGAGAGGGCCAGAGGCGGUCGAACGCGGCGGACACCUCUGGACGCGAGAGGUCACGCGACGUUGGACACGAGGUCGCAUCGGCGGCACAACGUCGACAGCGGAUACAGCACCAGCGACGGUGUCGACAAGCGCUGGUCCCAGGAAAUCCACAGCGCGGUACAUGACGGCGAAGUUCGCAGCUUGUGGCGGCAGGAAUGCUCACCGCUCUCGAUAACGCUGCCGCACGAGGUAGGCGUGAACGGGUCCUGCAGCGGCACGUCGACACCCAGCACGAUUUCACCCGGGGAGCACACGUCCCUGGAGGAUGAGUUGGGCAAGGCGAUGAUACUGCACGAUCAACUGGAAAAGAGGAGAUUAGAGAGGAGCACCUCGGAAAACGGAGCGGACAUUAGAAGACCGAUGAUCUCCGGCCUUCAUCACACAUCGAUUACGCCACCGGGCCAUCUGGAGUCCACGCAUUUGACGAGUCAGUCGCAGCAGAUACCGUCCGCACAGCAAUCGGUACACCCGCUCCAAACUACAACGGGUUCCGCUAUGAUGGUGAACGGCGACGAUAAGAGGCCGUUCAAUCACAUACAGACUUACAGGGAGUACAAAGAAGCUUUGAAGCAGCAGAGGGCUAACGAAGGUCUAAGCGUGUACAGACCUCGCGAGCAAGUGACGCCUCCAGGCAACGAGACGCAGAACGAAACCGACAUGGGCAACAACAAGGAGACUAUCGCUCUGACUGGCAAGCAAAUCUUUAACGAGGACAAUGCGUUGAAGAGGCCAGUGCAGAAGGUUACCCCGUCGCGAAUAAAUUACCAAAACACGCCGAUCAUCAACGGUAACAAUAGCGAGUACAACAAUAAGAAUGGCAAAUAUCUCGAGCAACCUUACAAAAAGCCUAGCUCGCCCAUCAAAACUUCGAGUAGUAUCCUAUCCACAAAUGCAAGCCCAGCGCACGCGCCCAGGCUGGUGAAAACCGCGGUUGGUUACGUUGAAGGGAACAAGAGUCCAAGCAGAAACGGCGGCAGUCCGAAAUCCCCGCGAUCGGUCACGUGGAACAGUAACGUGCCUGAGAAGUAUUCCUUUACUAUGAGAAGAGAGUUCGAGCGUGCCAAAGAAGAGGCUGAUCUCAUCGAACAACUGCGAAGUCACAUAGAGACGAGAUUAAAGAUGGCAUUGCCGGAGGACCUCGCACCGGCGUUAACGGACGGCGUCGUUCUCUGUCAUCUGGCAAACCACGUUAGACCGCGAUCAGUCGCUAGUAUACACGUUCCUUCCCCCGCUGUACCUAAACUGACAAUGGCACGAUGUAGGCGUAACGUCGACAACUUCCUCGAGGCGUGUCGGAAGAUUGGCGUUGACGAGGAGGUGUUAUUGGACGCGGACGCAAUCAUGGACGUGGGUUACAUGGACGCGUACGGGCUGGAGGCUCUGGCGCGCCUCGUCACCGCUCUUCUCCUUGUUCGCGAUGAGGGGGAGAGUGGCACCGAAGAGCCGGCCGCAGAUUCACUCCGUACGAUUCAAGACCGCGUCCUGUCCGCGAUGCUUUUCGCCACAUUCCUAUCCGCCCUGGUUUUGCUCUAUCUCUUCCCGAUUCCCGAUUAGUCAGGCGGUGCUGAAAACGCUGUGGAAGCCGCCAGCGUGCGAAAACUGAAGACCCGAUGAAUUAAGAAUGGGGAGGGAAAAAGAGUGCCAGGAACCAUCGUCUCGAGACGGCGAUUCUCAGGGUAUCCUCUGAUCUUCUUAUCGACUGCCGCAAACGUCGUUGCGUCGCGAUUUCACUUUUCGAUAGUUGCACCAAGUCUGAGAAUCAUCGUCCCGCUCGAACAACGAUACGCGCGGCAUUUUCAAUAUUCGUUUCGCAAUUCGAUGUUCCAAGGACUAUAUCUUGAAUUAUUUUGUACAAUUCUACUUGUACUUGUGUUCGUCGGGGCCCGAGAAAGUGCCGUGUCGUAAGUCGGACUCGACUUCGAAGAUUCCCCCGAGUGGUGUUCGGCAAAUCGCGAAGAACUGGGCGCUAUUUCAUUCAAUAAAUACAGUACACGUUUCUUCUCUGAGAAGAGAAACUAAGGUCAGUAUUUAUAGUUAUAUUCAAGCUCGUUUCAAGUAUGACCUUGAAACGCUGUACGAUCAUUUCGUUGGAUGAAUGAAAUCUUAAGAUCAGAUUUGAGGCAAUCUUGAAUAUAAGAUCGUGCUGUGAAUGGAAUCGCUCUAAACGUUUACAUAAAUUGCAGUACACUGCAGGGCUGUAAUCGAUGUCGAAGUACUCUGUAAUUUUUUAAAGUGUCUUUCGGAGAACGUACCGAUUAAGGAAAUUAAAGGUUCGUCUAUCUAGACGCUUUAAGGAAUAUCAGAACAUAUCUUUUGCCGCAUAUGAAAUUGCUAGUCCUCGCCGGAGGCAAAGUACUUAACUUUCGAAAAUCGAUUCAUCACGAUAGUAGCUUUAACAAGGUUGUUCAAUCUUUUUUCGACCUACGCUCGCGUAAGUUCCCUCGUUCGAACGUGCGAGCCGAGGAAUCUUGCGGCCAGCGGAGAAUUUUCGGAGAGGUAACUUUUAAGUAUUGAUAGAGGCAGCUUGAAACGUUUAGUCGGUUAAGUAUUAUGUAAGUAGCUGUAUUUUUUUCUGGAGAAGCCUUCAUUCUCGACAGUUGCAAGCGGGAAUAUCAACGAAAGUUCAGGUGAUGUCGUCGCCUGCAAAACACGAAGUCUUAUUCUGUGCUUGUUAGUUUUCCCAGCGAGCUUACCGCGAAUUGACGCAAAAUCAAAGAGCGCAAUCAAAGUGUAAGGCGCUUGCAUAUCACGUUUAGUUGUCUGUGAAUGUACCUUGCAGAAUGAUAUGAACGCCACUUGCAAUCACGCAAGUCGGCUAUCGUCGGCUAGACCGACGAGAUGAUAUUUUGAUAAAGAGAAAGGAUAAUGGUCGAGAAAUCGAGAAUUGAUGUGCAAUACUCGUUCGAGAAUUGUAUAAGCCGUGUAUCCCGUUUGACUUUCCGAAUUCUCGGGAAGUAUCCAUUGCCUUUUAUAAAAGCCUCAGACACCCAAUCGACUGGUAUUGCGACAUCAUUCUCCUGCGCCUGGGUCCGCGAUUGUCCCUCAGGAAGAGAAGAAAGAGCUAGCGGAAAGAUAACUGCGAUGCCUUCGAUGGCAAUAUUUUUUUAAGAUUCGACCAAUGAAUUGCCUACGGCUCUUUCAGGAUCGGUGGGUCUGUGAUAGGUAGCCUGCGAGUGUUACAGGAUUCACGAAAAGGUGCUAAGGGAAUCUCUUUCAGUUUCGAGAAUUUUAUAUUUUUGGUAAUGUAAGAUCUGACAAAGGAGGAGUUUAAAGAUGACGUUUAUAUUCAUUCGUUAUAAGUUGGAAGCGUCAGCGCUUUCUUUAAUCGUAAUUUCGUAAGUAGAUCGAUUGUCUUCUUUAUCCGGCACAAGGAACCAACGCUUUCGUUUCGAGAGGGGAAAAAAUAAAAUACAACAUUCUUCGACACUUUGUCGACCAAGCGGUUUGGUCGUAGUCUAAAAGAGAUACUGUACUUUAGACUGACGUUACUUCGAUCUCGUCAAGUUUGCUCGAGUUCCAAUGCUUUCGAAAGGUGAAAAAUAUGAAUUUUGGAAUUUGGAUGAUAUGAAAAAUGUAUUUUACACCAAGAUUUCGUCUUUACGAUUGAACGUAAAGAAUCUGUAAGUCUAUAUUAAUUAAUUAAUACGGCAAUUAUUCGGCCCGAUUCUGAUUGUAGUAUCGAAAUUUAAAUAAACAUAAACGAGAUAAAAAUUGUACCCUUUAACGUUUCACAAAAAUUAUGUCGAUUUAAACUCUGCAACAGUUACUUCUUCAAUAGAAGCUAUGAAAAUAGUAAAAGCAAUCAGUCGAGAUCAAAGUGACCGCAAUAUAUGACGGUAGAGACACGGUGCCUGCUACCUGCCAAUUUAUUUUCAUAAAAACUCGAUAGAAAUGUAGAGAAGGCAUAUAUCGUCUAUAAUAUGUAAGCGUAUAACUUGUAAUGUUAAGAAAACGCUCUUUAAAUUUGUAAGACGGGAUCUCUGUCGGAAAAAAAACCAGUUACAAUAUCGCAUCAUAUCCAAGUGAUCGGCAGACAGGACUUCUCAGACAAGGAUUUUGAUACCAAUCGCCGCAGUACUUAAGACAGUGCCAAAUUUCUCAGUGCGUUCCAUCGAGCGCGACAUUGCUUCAUUUCUCCGACAGGAUUUCCGGAGACGUUGGGAAGAUCCUAAUAUGAAACGAUACGUUUGAGCCGAACUUUCGAUAAUUGAAACUUUCAGGGGGGAAGGGCUGGAAGGGCUCUUCGCGAAAGAGAGACGCAGGAUUCUUUUUCUUCCUAACGUAUUCGUAAGCGGGCCUUAUAACGGGCGGCCACUAGCUGUACUUCGAGAGAGAGACUAUCUUACAAGCAUAAUACGAUAUUUAUACGUGUACCGUCGCGAGCCGACACGCGCAUUACUCUAUGUAGCAUGCCAGUAUAUCUUCUUUUUUUUUAAGGCGUUGCAAAAGCGAGCCGUAGCUUUCAUGAUUUCUUGCGACUACUCGGAUUCAGUCUACGAUCUUGCCGGGAGACGUUACGGUUUCGGGUCGCGUACGCGUAAGCGACAUCGCAUUUUUCGCGCUUGCAGCCGAGUGGGUUCUGUACUUUCUAGUCUACAAUAGUAUCGUUAGCUGUAAGUCGAACUAUCCCCCGUUCUAGUCAGAUUAUUUUCUCCUCGCAUUUCUCUUCUUUUUCCGCGACUGUUGUAACAAUUCGCUGUGGCUUCUGCGCAUUUCAUUUGCAACGUACGGACGAUAAUUUCGCAGCUGCAACUCGUUACUUAACGCGAUGUCUAUUUAGUCAGUUUAGAGGCAAUGUUGCACGGAGAGACCGAUAUGGUUACCACAUGUCUAGGGUUGGCACAACCCCCAUAAAUAGUA